AUGUCAGAUGAUGUCGGGCCAGACAGAUGCCCCUUGUUGGGCGUCCACAUCUCCGGAAGGGACAGGUCUCCGACAGCAGCGCACGGGGGCUACACGUCCUCACGCCACGGGGCGCGGCCCUUGAACUUGGAGUCGUCGUCUUCGCUGUGCGAGCAGCUACCUACGAGGCCCGUAGAACCCGCUGGAACGGUGCAGGAGUUCGCCCGUCUGACGCCGAGUAACCUGGCUCGCUACCAGAUGUACUUGUCCAGGACAGAAGACAGUGCCUCGUCCGUCGAGGAGGUGGUGCGGACGAGGUCCGGCAGGACGCUUCGCAUGAGACCGACGAGGUGUCGCCUGCAGGAGCGGCCCCGCAAGAAGCGCCACGUGCUGCAGAGCAUGGCCCGGCCGCUGAAGAAGUGGCUCAUCCGCCACCGCGAGAAGCCGUACCCGAGCAAGGCCGAGAAGCUGGCGCUGGCGCUCGGCUCGCACAUGACGCUCGAACAGGUGUCCAACUGGUUCGCCAACGCGCGCCGAAGGCUUAAGAACACGGUGUACGUUCCAGGUAUGAACUGGGGUGACCGCAUUCGCCAGUACAACAACUUCAUCUCGGGCAACACCGAGCCGCUGAGCAUCAGCUCUGAUGACAGCAUCUGGGACAGCGACUGCGAGCAGCGCGGAGGAGACGAUGACGACAGGCUCGCCGAAGAAGAGGGAGACAGCAGACCGCUGCAAGGUGCAGCACGGGAGAACCACGCGCGCGCCGAGCUGUUCGAGCACAGCUACUCGGCCACCGCUUUGCAAAAGGGCCAGGCACCACCUGGGGCUCGCGGGGCCGCGGCGGCGACGACCACACCGCGGCCGAAGCGGCCUCGCUGCGCCGACGGAGAACCAGGUCCCGGUGGCAAGCGACCACGGCCCUCGUGUGACUCGGACAGCCCGUCGGAGAACGAUUCGGACGACGAAUCUACCACGGUUGGCGCCGUGGACGAGCCAUCGCAAUCAGCACCACCUCCUACUCUUCAACGCCGCCCGGUGGCUGGCUCGCCUCAAGCGCCACUACCGGUGCCGCCAUCUGGCGUCAAGCGGCGCCUGUUCGACUCGGAAGAAGACUCGACGCAGAUGUCGCCGGCUAUCAAGAAGUACAAGACGAGCAUGCUGCUGCGCUACAUCGGCGCCAACCUGCGAGAACCCCCGGAACGCGAAACAGCGUUCGGCGUCCAGGCGGCGAGCAAGCAGUCACGGCAGACCUCCAAGCGACCGCGCGAGGAACAGCAACAGACCGCCCGUGCUAACGAACCCAAGAGAGUUGUGCGCGAAGGUCAAAGACCAGCAGCGAAGAAAAGGAAGUGCAUCGCUGAACCGUCCAGUGCUGCCAAUUUGCGGUGGACGGAAAUCGAAGCGGCGGAAGCGCUGACGCACCUCUCACAGUCCUCGGCGCUGUGCUGGUCACAGCAGCCGCAGCAGCAGCGCGUAUCGUAGCCAGCCAUCUCCGCCGUGCGGUUCUGCGGGCGCUGAUAAUACGCCGAGCCGCGACUUCUGUCUGUGAUAUCGACGCCAUCGUUCGCCGCGCUACAACCAUCGCUUUCUUGUGUGUGUGUCUGCAUGUAUGUCCGUGACGCACCGUGGUUUUAGCAGAGGUGCAUAGUCACUUAAAAGUCACUAUUUGCGAAGUUCUCGUGCGUGUUAGAACUCAGGCACAAGGUUAAAUUCGUUUAAUUCAGAGUCGUUGUGGAUGGGAGAAUAAGCAGGAUUACUCGCGGAUAGCUUAUCCAUAAGAAAGGGUGAGUGAUCGGUCUGAGGAACCUUCAUCCAGCCGGAUAAUAGGGAGCUUUAGAAAUGGGGGACCCAAAGCUAGCGGCUGGCGCACAAGAGAACGCAGAGUAAACAAUUCAAGAUGUAUACAAAUGAGUGCGUGUUUUGGGCUAUAGGCAAAUCCGCUUGAGAGAGCUGUUUCUAAAUCUCCCUAACGUGCACUGUAUAUAUCCCUAUUGAAAAAAGAAAGAAAGAAACCGUGUUCCCCAUAACUCCUAUAUCCAAUAUCAUCAUAUGACAUAUGGGAAAAAGAAGUUUUUUAUAUGGAAACCCGUAGGUUUCAUAUCGGAUUAUUGGGCAUGGUAGUUAUGUGGCAUAUGGAUUUUUGAAACAGAGUACGCGAAUGGAAAGAAGAAUGAUUAGUGACGUGGAGAAAAUUAGAAAAAGGAGAAGCGUAGACUAUUCAUGACAUGACGAGAUGUAUCACCGCAGAGAUUUGUGGUGUGGAAAAGGAACCUACGUCGUUUGGUACACCAGCGUAUCGUCUCUUAUGGCUCGAUAGGCUCGAUGAAGUUAAAAAAAAGACAGAAACAGUGGCGUUCUGUAUAUGCUGGAGCAAUAAGUACGUUCUGCCGUAUGUCGUGCGCAAAUGCACAGAGUGAGACGUUUAUCAGAGACGUUCCUGUACGUCUUUGAAGCUAAAGUCAGUUCUACGA